CAAUAGAAACGGGCCUCGUGUCUGGCAAGCACCUCCCUUCCCUCCCCUCCUCGCCAGUGCUUAUGCUUUAGGCAUCCCACGUUAAGCUCAGUUAGUAUUGGGUAUUUGACUGUGCCGGUGAAUAAAAUAAUCAUUCCGACACAGGGGGUGUUGUCGCGAACCUUCCAGAAAUGAAACUAAUUCUUUUAACAGCUCUAUGGCUGUGCCUAAGCAUUUCGGUACGGUGUGAUGAUGACAGCGAGGAGGCAACAGUUACGGAAGAACUCGAUGAAAGUGCACCAGAAAAUCCAGAAGAAAUAGUUUAUGUCAGCCCAACACCUAAGGGUCAUAUUUAUUUUGCUGAGCAUUUUGAUGUUCCAGAAGAAUUUGAGGCCAAAUGGGUCCGCUCUCAGGCAAAGAAAGAUGGAGCAGAUGAAGAAAUAGCAAAAUAUGAUGGAAAAUGGGCAGUUGAAGGAUUGUUGAAAGAUGGAUUAAAAGGGGAUCUUGGUUUGGUAUUGAAGUCGAAAGCCAAACAUGCUGCUAUUUCUGCUUCAUUGGAUAGGCCAUUCAUGUUCACAAACAAACCUUUGAUUGUUCAGUAUGAUGUUACAUUCCAAAAUGGACAAGAAUGUGGUGGAGCUUAUAUUAAGCUAUUGACUCAGGAAACAGGGAUGAGGUUGUCUCAGUUCACUGACAAGACACCUUACACAAUUAUGUUUGGUCCUGAUAAAUGUGGAAAUGAUCAUAAGUUACAUUUCAUUUUCCAGCAUAAAAACCCCAAGGAUGGUUCCUAUUCAGAAAAACAUGCAAAGAAGCCUAGUACUAGGCUAGAUGAGUAUUUCAAGGAUGGAAAGCCUCAUUUGUAUACUCUAAUGAUUCACCCUGAUAACACAUUUGAUGUAUCGGUUGAUUACAAAAUAGUCAAUAAAGGAACACUUCUAGAAGAUUUUUCUCCACCUGUAAAUCCCCCUGCCGAAAUUGACGAUCCUGAAGAUAGUAAGCCUGACGACUGGGACGAACGAGAAAAAAUUGCUGAUCCCGAUGCGAAAAAGCCGGAUGAUUGGGAUGAAGAUGAACCUGAGCAAAUUCCCGAUGCAGAUGCCACAAAGCCUGAUGGUUGGCUUGAUGAUGAACCCGAGAUGAUUCCCGAUCCUAGUGCUGAAAAACCGGAAGACUGGGAUGAAGACAUGGAUGGUACUUGGGAGGCUCCUCUCAUCAAUAACCCGUCCUGUGAAUCAGCACCCGGAUGUGGCCCAUGGAAGGCACCGAUGAAGGCUAACCCUAAGUUUAAAGGCAAAUGGCGAGCCCCCAUGAUUGAUAAUCCAAAUUACAGAGGAAGAUGGAGACCACGCCGAAUCCCCAACCCCGAUUUUUUCGAAGACAAACAUCCAUUCAAUAUGGCAUCAAUUGGUGCUAUUGGACUUGAGCUCUGGUCCAUGUCAGAUAAUAUUCUUUUUGACAACUUCAUUAUUACCGACGAUAAAACAGUCUCCGAGCAAUGGGCAGCCGAAACAUUUGAUCUGAAGAGGAAUCUCGUCGACAGAGACCAGGCGUUUGGUGAGAGCAUUCGACGAUGGAUGAAUCGAAAAGAGAAUGCAUUCAUGGUGUAUGGCAUGUAUCUCUCCUUGCCAGUUACACUCUACAUUUGGUUUCUGUGGCGCAGAGUGGUUGAGGAAAAACAAGAUGCCGCACGCGCAGCUCUGGCUAAAAAGACAGAUGACGCAGUUGAAGACGACGAGGGAGCAGAAGAAGCAGUGCAGAAUGAGGAAGAGUCCGAGGCUGUGCCACAGUUGGAAGGAGAUGACGAAGAGGUAAAAGACGAUGACGAUGACGAUGCCGAUGCCAAAGAAGGCGAUGAAGUCGAAGAAGUCGAAGAAGAUGCUGAACGGUUGGAAGAUGCACCUGCGUCCGAAGAACCUGUGGUAGAGAAGGGAACCCGCCGACGAGUUCGAAAAGAUUGAGUGUUCCUAGGUGUUCUAAAUUUUUGUACGUUCAUUUGAAGAAAUGGGUAAAAGAACAUCAAUGAUUUGAUAUGCAAAAAGAACAAGGAAACAGAAGUUGUCUUUGUAGCACUUUUUAGUGUGCUAUUCUGUAGAAACGGAACACAGUUUCGGGUAUGUCCAUUUAAUCCUAUUUCAUGUCUCAAGAGCGAAAUAUCAUCCCUCGAGAAUUUUCUAAUAGUGUGUGUUGGGAGUUCAUCAUUCGCAAAAAUUGGCACAGAACGUUAAAAAAAAAGAACAGUGUCAAGGAAUUAAUAAAGGGGAAUGCUGCUAGAACCGCAACAUUCCUUUCGAUUAUGUCCGGCGUUGGAUUUUUUAAUUUUUUAUUUAAAUCCUCUUUGCUGUUCUGUCUUUGAUGCGCGUGCCUUUGGAUACCCAUAAAGUUUGUAAUCCAAAUUUAAAUGGAUCCCUAGUCACCUAAUUGGCCGUUUAUUUUCUUUAUUAUUAUUAUUAUUGUUAUUAUUUUCCCCUUUGGUCUUUCCAAUCAAAAAUUUUGGUUAGUGUGAAAGGUAAGACAUCCGUUCUUCCAUUUACGACACUUUGCCCAGAAGAAUACGGGAUCGUUGUGCUAAUAUGAUCGAGCUUCAUCGUUCGUGCAUUAUUCACACCGAUCCUAGGUUUCGUUUUGGUUUAACAAGCUUCCUUGUACGUGCGUCUCUAGCUCUAUUCUCCAGCGUAGCGUAUCCUCUCACGUGAAAUUAAUUUUUUUAAUUCUUUGUCUUUUGAAAUGAUCUUUGAAUAAAUUAGCCGUAAGCCAUA